AUGACUUCUUCAGACAUUCCAACUUGCCGUUGGGGCAUCAUCACUACGGGCCUGAUUUCAUCAUGGUUCGUGGGAGAUUUGGUAAUGCCUCGCACUGACGCCAAGGCAAAUCACAUCAUACAGGCAAUUGGCUCGUCCAGCUUGGGAAAGAGUAAAGACUUUGCAGAAAAGCUUCUCAAGGAUACCGAGGCCAAGCCUGCCUUGUAUGGCAGCUACGAAGAGGUCUACCAGGACCCAAACGUGGACUGCAUAUACAUUGGAAGCCCUCACGGCUUUCACAAGCGAGAUUGUCUCAAUGCCAUUGCUGCUGGCAAGAACGUUCUCUGCGAAAAGGCCUUUACGCUUAAUGCCAAGGAAGCAAAGGAAGUUUUUGCCGCCGCCAAAGCAAAGGGUGUUUACAUUGCAGAGGCCAUGUGGCUUCGUCACCGUCCCCUGGUUGCAGACCUGAGAAAGCUGCUGUACAAGGACAAGGCCAUUGGCAACGUGUUUCGGACAACUUCGGACUUUCAAAUGUACUUGGACAUUGCCGGACUACCUUCUACUUCACGUUACAAGGAUGUGAGCCUCGGUGCUGGCUCCUUGCUUGAUAUUGGCAUUUACCCCUUGACUUGGGCAAUCUUGACGCUAGAAGCCGAUGCGCCAGCGCAGAGAGAAAUGCCAACUAUCAAGGCCGCCCAGUCCUUUGUGGACGGCAUCGAAGUCACGACGACCAUCCUUCUUCACCACCCCAGCACCGAUCGUCAGGCCAUUGUCACCUCGUCAACGGAGCGAGCCUAUGGAGCUACUCCCGCCUCUAGCAAUACUAUUGCCACCAUUGACGGUACCGAUGGGUUUGUAGAAGUGGAAGGUCACGUACCCUCCCACCCUAGAUCAUUCACCGUGUACCCGAAAUGGACUGGAGACGAGAAGCCCAAGGGAAAGAAGUACGACUACCAAAGACCCCAGCAAGGCUUCAUCUACGAGGCCGAUAAUACAGCACUAGACCUCGCGGCUGGAAAGAAGGAGAGUAGCAUCAUGCCUUGGUCUGAGACCAUUCGUGUUCUCGAGAUCAUGGACGAAGUCAGACGUCAAGGUGGCACCAAGUAUCCAGUAGACUAA